AACACAAUGAUAAAAAAUCAUAACUCCGCCCUGGUCGCCCACAUGACGGCCGCAGCAUGAACUUGCCGAGCGGGGAGAAGUAGAUUUUGUCGAGAGCUAGCCUAACCGAUCUGUUCGGCGAGGGGAGAGAGACUUCAUGGAAGAUUUCUGAGAAUUGAUGGGAUUAGGGUUAGGGUUAGGGUUAGGGUUUCGGGGACGGAGAAUUUGGGGGUUUUGAUGGAAAUGGAAAGGGGAAGGGAGGAGGCCAUGAUUACACUCGCCAUAGCGGUUAGGAGGUUUGAGUAAGAGGAUGACAAUGGCGGAUCUGAUCUGAUGGAAGAUCGAGAAAUGGGGCGAUCGGAGUUUCUAUCGACGACAUUCUACACGCUACACAAAAUUUGUAGAACAGAUUGGGAUUUUUAUCGCACGUGGCAUGCGCGUGCCUUGAGCUAUUGGGCCCAACUUGGGCCUGUCUAAGGUAUGGGCUUUUUAUUUUCCCACGCUAAUUAAUCAUGGCCCAAUUCAUAACUAAGAUAGGGAAGGUAGGCCCGAAUGAGAAUAUUGCAGCGGCAGGGGAGGGUAGAGAAGACAGUGAUUUGAUCUCAUAUUGGGUCGGAAGCCGUGGCGUGGGGCUAUGGCGGAGUUAGAACUCCAAACCUACCAACCAAAAACAAAAAAACCCCUUGUGAAUGAGUCUAUGCUUACCCAAUGGUGUUCACGUGGACUUCAAAAGCGUGGGUCUUCUUUCCUCUUUUGUCUUUUAUUUCUGCCACGUGACACAUCAUCCCUUGACGUGUCCUCCUUAUCAUCUCCCAUUUGCAUCUUCAAAUUCAUGUACUUCUUCCUAAUAUAGUCAUUUUUGAGGUAGGCCGUUGCAGAAUAGGGAAUUUGUACUGCCACAACAAGUAUCGAACUAGGAUUCUUUCCUUCAUUCAAUUUCACACCACCCCUGUUUGCUUUUCUUGUUUUCUUUCUUAUAUUUCCAAUGCCCUUCGUUUUACUCCUCCAUCAACCUAGAAUCUCACACCAUUUAUUCUUUUCUCCCUUUGAAGUCGACCCAUCAAUCCAUCUCCCUCCAUAUCCAUAUCUUGAUGUCUGUUUGUGAGAGAUUUUUACACUCUCCUACCGACUAUUCUGUGAUGUCCCACAUUAAAAAUACCCUUUAUCAGGGAGUGGAAAUAAGGGGUAUGUCACAUUAGAUGAGCAGAGACAGGCAGGUCCAACCGCACACGCCCCGCGGCCCCUGUCUAUCACAUUUGCCAUCCUUUUUCCUGUCUUGGAAUGAUAAGCCAAAGGAUGAUGACGAUUCUCCCCACCCCGGAGGAACACACUUUUCCACCAUUCAAAAAGAAGAUGAUGAGAAGAACCCAUCAGUGGGGUGGCCACCGAUUGAGACAUGGAGGAAGAAGGCGCUUCUCCAGCACCCUCAACCGCCGCUGGAGAAUCGCAGUAACCAAAAUGGCGGACCAAAUUCAUUGUUCGUGAAAGUGAAGAUGGAGGGGGUAGCAAUAGCAAGGAAACUCGAUCUAAGGCUCUAUCACUCUCAUAACUCCCUCAAAACUGCCCUUAUCGCCAUGUUCACCGCAUCUAAUUAUGAGGCAAUUGAUAACAAGUGUUGGGAUUUUACUCUGAUCUAUGAAGACGAAGAUGGGGACUGGCUUCUUGCAGAGGAUCUUCCAUGGAACUCCUUCGUCGAGUCUGUACGGCGCCUCAAGGUUCUGGUUCGAAAAAGAAACAAAGAAUAAAGUUUGCAUGUACGACGCAAAUUAUUUCCGAAUCAUAUUCCACAUGUAAUCACAUAUAAUAUAUAUUAAUAGCAUCAAUUGUUUAGAAAUAUUGUCGUUACUACACAAAUGUGGAGCUAUGUGGUCGAAAUUAUUGUAUAAAAAGUUAUUUGGGAUUUGAGAACCAUUA